CAAGCGCUCUUUUUAUCCUUUAUCACACCUGUCUUACCUUAUCUUUUUUCUCAUUUAUCAUCCCUCCCUGCUUGCUGGCAUAUCCGUUCUACUCUCACAGAGAGUGGUGGGCACCAGAGGGCGCUUGGUAAACAUUUCCUAGAUGAUAGACGGAAGGAAGGAAAAAGUGACUAGCCCGCAAGUCCUAGGGCGAGCUCGGGAUGGAGGCGGGCCCUCUGCACACCGGGCCGGGCCUCUGCACCAGAUGUUCCGGCAGGAACCUGUCUUAGCUAGGACGGUGGAAGCAGCGGGAGAACUCAGAAUCUGCCCUCCGCUGUACGCCGGGCGCGGAGGGAUGGAGCUGGCACCGUCGGGGUGCACGGACACCGCGACUCGGAGCCCGCGAGACGCGAUGAGGAAGCAGAGCGCGCGCACCGCCGCGCUCAUCCUGUGCAUCUUGUCCUACCUGCUGGUGGGCGCCGCGGUCUUCGAUGCACUGGAGUCCGAGGCCGAGCGUAACCGGCAGCGGCUGCUGGCCCGGAAGCGAGGCGAGUUCCGCCGAAAGUACGGCUUCUCUGCCGACGACUACCGGGAACUGGAGCGCUUGGCGCUGCAGGCAGAGCCGCACCGUGCCGGCCGCCAGUGGCGCUUCGCAGGCUCCUUUUACUUCGCCAUCACGGUCAUCACCACCAUCGGGUAUGGCCAUGUUGCGCCAGGCACUGACUCCGGUAAGGUCUUCUGCAUGUUCUAUGCACUCCUGGGCAUCCCGCUGACACUGGUCACCUUCCAGAGCCUGGGCGAGCGUCUAAACGCGCUGAUGAGGUGUCUGCUGAUGGCGACCAAGCGCUGCCUGGGUCUGCAGCGGCCGCACGUGUCCUCAGAGAACAUGGUGGUGGCUGGGCUGCUGCUGUGCGCAGCCACCCUGGCCCUAGGCGCUGCUGCCUUUGCGCAUUUCGAGGGCUGGACCUUCUUCCACGCCUACUACUACUGCUUCAUCACCCUCACCACUAUCGGCUUCGGCGACUUCGUGGCGCUGCAGAGAGACGAGGCGCUGCAGAGGAAGCCACCUUACGUGGCCUUCAGCUUCCUCUACAUCCUGCUGGGGCUCACAGUCAUUGGUGCCUUCCUCAACCUGGUGGUCCUGCGCUUUCUCGCUAGUGCUGACGCCCCUGAGCGCUCUGUCCGCCGCACCAGCGCAUUUCGCAAGGGGGCGCUCGAGAGCCGCAUCAGUGGGGCAGCCUCCAUCUCUCAUGGCAUCCAUCAGCUGGAGACCUGGGCAUGUGACAACCCGGCCUUCUCACCUCCCUUGAGUCCGGAAGCCCUGCCCCACUGUCACAGCAGCCCAGAGAGAUGCCGAACACGGAGGAAGUCCAUCUGACAGUCCUACCCACCCGGGUCGGGCCUGGCCAAUAUCUAGCCCCGUCUGCUAGCAAACCUACCUUUCCUGCCGCUUGGAGGGGGUUGAGGCUCCCAUUACAAUCUGUGGAUCAUCCCUUCUAGAAAUACAUGACUGCUGCACUAAAAGCACAAGCCGACUCUACAGUCACCCUGGAAGUGUAAACUGUUUAGUCGAGUCUUGUAGAAAAUGCGGCCUUCAGCCCCUAGGAAGGGUGACACCAGGUCAUCCCCUCAAAGGAUGACAAGUGGCUAGCUCCUGCUCUGAAGAGGACACAAGAUGUCUUGCAGGGGAAAGGCAUUAUUUUAAACACUAGAAUUCUCCCCGUGAGACUGGAUACUCAUGCUAAAAGCAUGAAAUAGAGACAGGCUGAAGGUAGUUUAUGACUCACAGUGGGCAAUUUCUGCACCAUACAGACGGCAUUCCCUUUGCUCUGCAUGAAGGGUGAGAUCAGCCUGUGUGCAAAUGGCUGCCUCCACUGUCAAGCAGAGCCUUGUCCCUGGCUAGCCCCCUUUGGAUGAAGGGGAUGACCCCCCCCACUUAUCACUACCUACAGCAGCUCAGUGGUGUGGGACAAGUUUCAUUCUGGGUCCCACCAAUCACCAGCAACAUGUCAUUGGGAUUUCAUAUCACUUUCCUGGACCCCAGCUCCUGUCAGUGAACCAGAGUUCAUUUGCAGACCCUACUUCACUUGGGCACCUGUGGGAGAGCUUCCUGAUGCUAGCUUCUGCCCAUAGAGGGUGUUAACAAGCCCAUGGCGGGGCAUCUUGGCAUCCUAGAGCGCUCAGUCCUGAAAACACGUGCCCCUUAUCUUCCCAGGUGGAACUGUCCUGAUGCAAAACAAGAGCAAAGCCAGGGUAGAAAAGCCAAAAACUUUAAUUUCCAACAUGAGCUAUGUGGUCAUGAACACAAUGCAAUGUGACCCACUCCAACUCAGAGACCCCUAAAGCCCUCCCUCCCCAAAGGACCAGGCUGUUCCUGCUCCCCAAGAGGGCACAGGGAAGGUGUGUAAAUGGAGGGAGGCUCCCAGCCCAAGGACGCUGGAGUCCCACCUUCCUGCCACCUUGCCGGAGGAUGCCAGGUAACACCUAUGUCAGCGUCUAGCCUCUACCCAGCCACACAGGUUCUCUUACUGAGAUGAAAAAUCCUUGGGGCUUGUCAGGUAAGCUCCUGGAAACGCUCCGCCCACCAAGGUCCUGUUCUACAGAUGCAGGUCCUCUUGGAGGGCCAAGAGAGCCAUUGCAAGGGACAGGAAGGGGGUCCGAGGCUCUGGGCCCGGUGUAGUGCUGUUGCUCAAUAAAUAAAUGCAGGUGUCCUUGCCUGGUGCAACA